AUGCGGCGGUUUACAGCGCGAUACGUGGCGCACGUGGCGCGUGGACAGCGUAACAAGUCUCACGGCUCUGCGUUGCGUCAAGCACUACUCCUCAGUGGUUUGGGACUGUCAGUACUCGCGUUUGCCGGUGCUGAUCUCGCGGACGGCACAGCCACGCGCUUGGAAGCGCAGUGCGACGCCCGCUACGCUCCACCUGAAGUAGACGACGACGCUCUGUCCGUGCCGCUCGAGCGCGAAGAGUUUGUGUCGAUCGUCAAGUCGCGUGUCUCUCGGAUCAGCAGUGCGUCGUACAAGGCCAAUUUUCCGAUCGAAGACAAGUACGCGGUGGAGACGACGGACUCUGGAGACGUGUUUGCCGCUGUACUGGAUGGCCACGGAGGAUGGCAGGUCUCCGAGUAUGCGAAGAGGACGUUGAUUGGCAAUGUACAGAAGGAGUUGUCGUAUCUGCACAAGCCGGGAACAAGCGAGCCGGCGCAAGGCGACGAGCCAACUGUCUCCGAUGCGCGCGUAGCUGCUGCUAUUCAGCGUGCGUUUGGGCGCACGGACCGCGACCUGAUGGCAGAGGUAGCUUCGGCUUUCAAGCUCGGGUUUGGAGCCGUGGCGCGGUGCGGAUCUUGUGGGUGCUUGGCUUACGUGCACGAAGGCACCGUUCACGUUGCGAAUGCUGGCGACAUUCGUGCUGUGUUGGGGAAGCUCGGCGAGGAUGCUGUCACGAUGGUGGCCAAACCACUCAGUAAUGACCAAAACGCCAUGGUGAGGUUCGAGCAGGAAAAGCUCGUGAAGGAACACCCGGGUGAAGCAAACGUAUUCACAUGUCGACACCCAGACUCGUGCUACGUAAAGGGCGCACUGCAGCCCACGCGUGCAUUCGGUGACUUCUCGCUCAAGUAUUCGGAGUUCAACGGCCCGCCUUACACGGAAGGCGAUCGCACUGCCGGUCGCCACUUUUCGGCACCAUUCACUCCACCUUACAUCACGGCCAUUCCCGAAGUUACGUCGCACGAGCUGGACGAGAGCGACAAGUUUCUCAUCAUUGGCUCGGAUGGGCUGUGGGAUUAUCUCAGCAAUGAAGAGGCUGUGGAGAUCGUGAAUGGACAGGCUUCGUGCGGGAACCAUGACCUCGCGGGCCGUGCGCUGGUCGAGCGUGUGCUCCAGAAAGCGGCGAAGCGCUACGACAUGACGUAUCAGGAGCUGCUGAGCGUGCCACCAGGAAGCAAUCGGCGCCGUCGCCAUGAUGACACAACUGUGGUGGUUUUGUUCUUCGACUAG